AUGCUGCUAACAGGCUCUGGAGAGCAGUUCAAUGUCGGCGAGUUUCUCAUGAGCAUCAGUCCCCAUAUGUGGUCUCUCCUGGGUAUUGCCCUCUGUGUGGGCUUCAGUGUCGGAGGUGCUGCCUGGGGAAUCUUUAUCACUGGAGCAAGUUUGGUCGGAGGAGGUGUGCGCGCCCCACGAAUCGUCACCAAGAACUUGAUCAGUAUUAUCUUCUGUGAGGUCGUUGCUAUCUAUGGCCUUAUCAUGGCCAUUGUCUUCACCGCAAAGUUGAAUGAUGUCCAGGACGCAACCAUCACCUCCCCAGAGAUGUAUUACAAGGGAUACGCAUUGUUCUGGGCUGGACUGACAACCGGACUCUGCAACUUGGUGUGCGGUGUCUCAGUUGGUAUCACUGGAAGCAGUGCCGCAUUGGCUGAUGCUCAAGACGGACAGCUGUUUGUCAAGGUCCUUGUCAUUGAGAUUUUCGGAAGCAUUGUCGGUCUUUUUGGACUGAUCGUCGGUCUUUUGGUGAGCGGAAAAGUGGCCUGA